AUGGAGCGGGCGGCGGAGUCGGCGCCCGUGCGGAGACACCGCGUCGGAGGGGAGCGCCGGGACGGGGCCGCGAGCCCGCGGCCGCCGCCGGAGCACGCGCCCGCGGAGAGCGCGGUGGGGCGCAACGGCCGCGAGCGGACGCGGACGCGGACGCGGAAGCGGAGCGCGGGGGGCGGCGGCGUUGGCGGCGGGCUGUCGGAGGCGCGCGCGGCGCUGGUGCUGGCGCUCUACCUGCUGGCGCUGCGGGCGGUCGUGCAGCUCUCGUUGCGGCAGCUCGUGCUGCGCGGCGCCGCCCGCGGCCCCGGGGAGUUCGACGCGCGCCGAGCCAGAGAUUAUCUUGAACAUAUAACAUCGUUUGGUCCCAGGACAACAGGAAGUUUAGAAAAUGAAGUUUUGACAGUCCAUUACCUUUUGGAACAGAUAAAACUGAUUGAAGUUCAAAGCAGCAAUCUGCACAAGAUUUCAGUUGAUGUACAGCGACCCACAGGCUCUUUCAGCAUUGACUUCUUGGGAGGUUUUACAAGCUACUAUGACAACAUCACCAAUAUUGCGGUAAAGCUGGAGCCCAGAGCUGGAGCUGAGCAUGCCAUUCUGGCCAACUGUCAUUUUGAUUCAGUGCCAAACUCACCAGGUGCCAGUGAUGAUGCAGUCAGCUGUUCAGUGAUGCUGGAAAUUCUUCACGUCUUGUCGACAUCUUCAGAACCCUUACAGCAUGCUGUCAUAUUUCUCUUUAAUGGUGCUGAGGAAAAUAUCUUGCAAGCCAGUCAUGGUUUCAUUACUCAGCACCCCUGGGCCAGCUUGAUUCGUGCAUUUAUUAACCUGGAGGCGGCAGGUGUAGGAGGAAAGGAACUUGUGUUUCAAACAGGUCCUGAAAAUCCAUGGUUGGUCCAGGCCUAUGUUUCAGCAGCAAAGCACCCAUUUGCUUCUGUGGUGGCACAGGAGGUUUUUCAGAGUGGAGUCAUUCCUUCAGAUACUGAUUUCCGUAUCUACAGGGACUUCGGAAACAUUCCAGGAAUAGACUUGGCUUUUAUUGAGAAUGGCUACAUUUAUCAUACCAAGUAUGACACAGCAGACAGAAUUCUAACAGAUUCCAUUCAGAGAGCAGGUGACAACAUUUUAGCAGUUCUUAAAUACCUUGCCACAUCCGAUAUGUUGGCUUCUUCUUCUGAGUAUAAACAUGGGAGUAUGGUUUUCUUCGAUGUGCUUGGCCUUUUUGUCAUUGCCUAUCCCUCUCGAGUUGGCUCCAUCGUUAACUCCAUGGUGGUGAUGGCUGUUGUUGUGUACCUGGGCAGAAAACUGUUGCGGCCCAAACGUCAGACUGCAAACUACACAAAGGACUUCUUCUGUGGAUUUGGCAUCACUCUGAUAAGCUGGUUUAUGAGCCUAAUUACUGUUCUCAUUAUAGCAGCGUUCAUCUCUCUCAUUGGACAGUCACUGUCUUGGUAUAACCACUUCUAUGUCUCUGUAUGUCUGUAUGGAACAGCAGCUAUAGCAAAAAUAAUAUUUAUACAUACUCUUGCCAAAGAGUUUUAUUAUGUGAAUGCCAGUAACCAGUAUCUGGGAGAACUAUUUUUUGACAUCUCGUUGUUUGUCCAUUGUGGUUUCCUUAUAGCUUUCACUUAUCGUGGACUCUGCUCAGCAUUUCUUAGCGCCGUCUGGGUGAUAUUUCCAUUGCUCACAAAACUUUGCUUGCAUAAGGACUUUAAGCAGUAUGGUGCUCGAGGAAAAUUUAUUGCCUUUUAUCUUUUGGGGAUGUUUGUCCCUUAUGUUUAUGCAUUGUACCUCAUCUGGGCAGUGUUUGAGAUGUUUACCCCUAUCCUUGGAAGGAGCGGUUCGGUAAUUCCACCUGAUGUUGUGCUGGCUUCCAUUUUGGCCGGUUGUACAGCGAUUCUCUCUUCCUAUUUUAUUAACUUCAUCUACCUUGCCAGAAGCACAAAAAAAACAAUGCUGACUUUAGUUGGAGUGUGUGCAGUUACAUUCUUUCUUAUUUGCAGUGGAACUUUUUUUCCAUACAGUUCUAACCCUGCCAGUCCAAAGCCAAAGAGAGUGUUCCUACAGCAUAUGACUAGAACUUUUCAUGACUUAGAGGGAAACAUAGUUAAACAGGACUCUGGAAUAUGGAUCAAUUCGUUUGAUUACACUGGGAUGUCUCACAUAACGCCCCACAUUCCUGAGAUCAAUGAUACCAUCCAAGCUCACUGUGAGGAGAAUGCACCCCUUUGUGGUUUCCCGUGGUACUUUCCAGUGCACUUUCUAAUCAGAAAAAACUGGUAUCUUCCUGCCCCAGAAGUUUCCCCACGAGAUCCUGCUCAUUUCAGACUUUUAUCCAAAGAACAGACACCCUGGGAUUCUGUAAAGCUGACAUUUGAAGCAAAAGGACCAACACAUAUGACAUUCUAUGUUCGAACCCACAAAGGGGCAACACUUUCUCAGUGGUCUCUUGGCCAUGGAACUCCAAUCACAAGUAAAGGAGGAGACUACUUUGUGUUUUACUCGCAUGGACUACAGGCCUCUGCCUGGCAAUUCUGGAUAGAAGUACAGGUCUUGGAAGAACAACCUGAAGGAAUGGUCACCGUAGCUGUUGCUAACCACUAUCUUUCUGGGGAAGAGAAGAGGUCCUCUCAGCUGGAUGCUCUGAAAGAGAAGUUCCCAGAUUGGACAUUUCCUUCUUCAUGGGUGUCCACCUACAGUCUCUUUGUUUUUUAAUCUUGUAGAUAAACUUCCAGUCUACACUCAGUGGAACACAUUGUGUGACAGAGUUUCUUCCUUUGUUACACAGGAGAAAUGCAAAUGAGUUUUAGUGAGUAUAAGUUCAGAGUUUCGUGGGUUAAAAACUUUCAUGGCACUACCAUGGUUAUGCUGGUUCGUGGUGCAUGGCCUUUAUGACACUUGAAAACGCCAGUUUUCUGGUCUUAAGCACCUGUGGGUACUGCUACUACACAAGUGUGUCAUUUUA